AAUGCAACGGCACGUCCUCAUACAUAAUACAUACAUUUACUUCGCCAUCAAUGGUAGUUCCACACGGAGAAUAUGCAGAAGAUGAGUAUGUCGAGGAGUAUGCGGAAUCUUAUGCCGAGUCCCAAGAAGUACCAGUAAACCAAUUUAAUUCCCAAUCCAUUAAUCGUAAUGGAAAUUAUGAAAUCAGUGUGAUGCACAAAAUAUUAGAAAUGGUAACAGAAAUAAAAAUUCAAGUCAACGAUAUUGCCAGAAAUAUGCAGAGUUUCAAAGUAGACAAGCAGCCCGUUGAACAAUACGACAUAUUUACCAAAUGCCUGCCCUUAAAUAGUUUUGAAGCGAUUGAGAAGUUUGAGGAAUUAAUAAGCGACCUUGAAAUCAACAAAUUAUUUAAAACAUUUUUAACUACAAUUGGUGGAAAUGAUUACAAAGAUAAUAUAAACCGAGUUUAUAAAAUACUGUUUACAAAUGAAUUGGGAAUGGGUUGUUCCUGGUUGGGCCAGCGAAAUAACAAGCGUAUGGUAGACUUAAAAAUUAUUGCUGCUGUUAAAGAAAUAAUCAUUGGACAACACAACAUUCAACAAAAACUUAUAGAAAAUUGUUCGUCAGAGUGGUUUCGGCAUGCGCGCCAACGUUAUCAGCGAGAAAAAAAAUGAAACUUACUUUUUCAUCUAUUUGUCCUCACUUUUAUUUACUAGUUCAUAUAAUAUCAUACAUGUUUGACCAAUAAAUGCGUUUUUGA